AUGCAGGCCUUCCGCCGUAACACUUUUUCGGCUAUCCGCAAUGCUGCUGGCCAGCAGCGCCGGGGAUACGCCAACCCCAGCUCUGCCUAUGCUAGCACCGUGAACAACCUGAAGAUCAACAGUGACACCCGUGUUCUGUACCAGGGAUUCACUGGAAAGCAGGGAACCUUCCACGCCGAGCAGGCCAUCGCCUACGGCACCAAUGUCGUCGGUGGAACCAACCCCAAGAAGGCCGGUACUCUGCACCUUGAGCGUCCCGUCUUCGCCAACGUCGCCGAUGCCGUCAAGGAGACCGGUGCCACUGCUACUGCCAUCUUCGUUCCCCCUCCUCUGGCUGCUGCCGGUAUUGAGGAGGCUAUCGCCGCUGAAAUUCCCCUGGCUGUUUGCAUUACUGAGGGUAUCCCCCAGCAUGACAUGGUCCGCAUCACCGACAUCCUGAAGACCCAAAACAAGACCCGUCUGAUCGGCCCGAACUGCCCCGGUAUCAUCGCUCCCGGACAAUGCAAGAUUGGUAUCAUGCCCGGCUUCAUUCACAAGCGCGGUCGUGUCGGUAUCGUCUCCCGUUCCGGUACCCUGACCUACGAGGCCGUCAACCAGACCACCAUGGCCGGCCUCGGUCAGUCCCUCGUCGUCGGUAUUGGUGGUGACCCCUUCUCCGGUACCAACUUCAUCGACUGCCUGAAGGUCUUCCUCGAGGACCCCGAGACCGACGGUAUCAUCAUGAUCGGUGAGAUUGGUGGUUCCGCCGAGGAGGAUGCCGCCGAGUUCUUCAAGGCCAACAACAUCCACAACAAGCCCGCCGUUUCUUUCAUCGCCGGUAUCUCCGCUCCCCCCGGUCGCCGUAUGGGUCACGCCGGUGCUAUUGUCAGCGGUGGUAAGGGUGGUGCCGACUCUAAGAUCUCCGCUCUUGAGGAUGCUGGUGUCAUUGUCGAGCGCAGCCCUGCCUCUCUUGGCAAGGCUCUGCUUGCCGAGUUCGUCAAGCGUGACCUUGUCUAA